GGAUCUUCGAAACACGUUUCGAAAUCAUAGUUGUACGCGUAUGUGUGUGCGUGGAUUGCCGCAUACCGCGAGUUGUAGCAUUUAUCGAUACUAUUUCUUUUCAAUUCCGUAUUUCAAAGUGAACGGACGUGCGGUGAUCUAGCUGUGUUGAUGGCUGUCUUUGCAUUGAAACGAAAGCCUCUAUGUUGCCCGCUAGUAACCAGGUGACAUUGAUAUCCGUCCUACGAUGGCUGAACGGCUUGAAGAUAAUAUCGACGCAGAGACGAGCAAGGAACGAUUUCCGAAGCAAGCGGCGUUCAAUUUAGGCGAUGUAGUGACGGAAAACGUGAAAAUUCUCAGCGACGCCGAGAAGGCCAAACUGGAAGAGCAGAACAAGCGCAUGGUAACCGCGUUCCAAGCGCUGAAGCUCGAACAAGAGGCCCGCAAACAUUGGGAUUUGUUCUACAAGCGGAAUGAGAACCGUUUCUUCAAAGACCGGCACUGGACGACGCGUGAGUUUAGUGAGCUGCUGUCCGGCGAAGAAUCAGCCGGAAGCGACGGUUCCUCCUCAACACCGCCGCAUAGCGGAAUCCCGGCCAAUGGGGAAAGUGACGGCAGCGGCGGCGGCAAAAAGCUGCUCGAGAUCGGUUGCGGUGUUGGAAAUUUAAUAUUUCCCCUGAUCGAAGACGGGCAUCGUGAUUACUUCAUCUACGCCUGCGAUCUUUCACCACGUGCCGUCGAGCUGGUGCAGAAACAUAACCUGUACGAUGAGCGGUACAUGAAGGCGUUCGCGUGCGACAUCACCACGCAGCAAGUAUUCGAAACGCUGGCCGACGGUAGUCUGGACAUUGUAACGCUAAUUUUCGUGCUGUCCGCAAUUCAUCCGGACAAGUUUCGCUCGACGGUGGCCAACAUUCACCGGCUGCUGAAACCGGGCGGCGUUGUGCUGUUCCGCGACUACGGGCUGUACGAUAUGGCUCAGCUGCGGUUUAAGCCGGGUCACAAGAUAGCGGAAAACUUUUACAUGCGACAGGACGGCACGCGUAGCUAUUAUUUCGCCGAACAGGAAGUGUCCGAACUGUUCCGGCAGGCUGGGUUCACGGUGCUGGUGAACAGCUACAUUCAUCGACGCACGAUCAAUCCGAAGGAAAAUAUCGAUGUGCCGAGAAUAUUCGUCCAGGGGAAGUUCCUUAAACCACCCAGCGCAUAAUGAGUGGUGGCCAGAGCGAAUCGAGUGCUGGAAGAUAAGGCAUCGCAUGGCCAAAAUGGCCAAAACUGGGAGGGAUAUAGUCGGCGCCACGCUUGUUUCAGAUCCGGAUGAGAUCGAGAUGGAUUGUAGCAUUGAAACGUGUUCAUCGCUUCCACUUUUUACUCGGGGUUUUAUCCGUCGUUCUAAAGAGUCUUUGGUUACACUUCUCGCAUGGACGAUGGAUGUUCCCAGCUAACACCGGCGGCCAUGCAAUGCUCUUCACUAGACUUAAUAGACGGCUAGGAUAGUUGAUCCUUCCUACGGGGCAGCAGCGGUCCGGAUGAUGGGUCUACUAGGUAGCUCACUCACAGGUGCUACCAAACGAACGAAAGGAUAUAUUCUAACACGGAUCUGUUCUUUCUAUGGCUGCUACUUCGUCGACUUGCUGGCAUUUCUGGCUUUCUUGACUUGAUUUUAUUCAGUCCAGUGUUUCCAACGAGAAGGAAGAUUCCCUUAAGAAUCUUGGCGCUCACCGUACCACAACCUCCAUUAAGUUGGUCGUCGACUGGCGUGAUUCGUUCUCAAUGCGUUGCGGAUAAACUGUACAUUGAUAUUGAUGAAAUAAAACAGCCGGAUGUGGUCAGCUAA